UGGUAUGUUUGGAAUAAAGAAGGAGAUACCAGACAAUCUAGCUUUGAACUAUACAGGAGUAACCUUUGCACUAGUCGGGGCUAUUCUGUUCAUUUUCAUUAAGAGUGAAGGAGGCGGACCAAUGAGAGUGGCCACAAGGCUGGACAGUGCUACUGAGCCACUAAUUGUGAACCCGGUUGGGGAUCUACCCCAUGACCGUGCACUGGACCGGCCUCUUGCCACGACAUGUGUCGAGCCAGCCGAUCCAGAUGAGACAUCCAUAGACAGAUUGCAACCUUCAACAAAACGUGUCGUAGGAGUGUCACUAUCAGUUAUCUCUGGCUUGUUUUACGGAGUCACGUUUGUUCCAGUAAUCUACAUACAGGACAAUUAUAAAGACUCCAGCCAAAAUGGGCUGGAUUACGUGUUUGCUCACAUGAACGGCGUGCUACUGACAAGCUGCGUCACAUUCAUCGCUUACUGUGCAGUGAUGCGGAAUUGCCCACGCGUCUACCCGCGCGCCAUCUUGCCCGGCCUCGUGUCCGGAGCGAUGCUUGCAUGCGGCGUCACUGGCUGGUUCAUAGCCAACCAGGUGCUCACCGAGACCAUCAGCUUUCCCAUCAUCACUACGGGGCCGGGAGUCAUAGCAGCAUUGUGGGGAGUAUUCGUCUUCAGAGAAAUACAGGUAUUAUUGGUGAAUGAGGGCAAAGAGAAUUGA